UUUCCGAUGCUCGCUGCGCCCCUCGCCGCCGCCCUCUUGCCGCCGCUUGCCCCUCGGAGCCGCCGCCUAAGUCGGGGAGGAGAGAAUGACCGAGGUGCUGUGGCCGGCGGUCCCCAAUGGGACGGACGCUGCCUUCCUGGCCGGCCCGGGCUCGCCCUGGGGGAACAGCACAGCGGCCUCCACCGCCGCCGCCGCCUCUCCGUUCAGAUGCGCGCUGACCAAGACAGGCUUCCAGUUCUACUACCUGCCAGCUGUCUACAUCUUGGUGUUCAUCGUCGGCUUCCUGGGCAACAGCGUGGCCAUCUGGAUGUUCGUCUUCCACAUGAAGCCGUGGAGCGGCAUCUCCGUGUACAUGUUCAACUUGGCCUUGGCGGACUUCUUGUACGUGCUGACUCUGCCGGCGCUCAUCUUCUACUACUUCAAUAAGACCGACUGGAUCUUCGGGGACGCCAUGUGCAAGCUGCAGAGGUUCAUCUUCCACGUGAACCUCUACGGCGGCGUCCUGUUCCUGACCUGCAUCAGCGCGCACCGGUACAGCGGCGUGGUGCACCCGCUCCAGUCCCUGGGCAGGCUGAAGAAGAAGAACGCGGUCUAUGUCAGCGUGCUGGUGUGGCUCGUCGUGGUGGUGGGCAUCUCCCCCAUCCUCUUCUACUCCGGCACCGGGAUCCGGAAAAACAAAACCGUCACCUGCUAUGACACCACCUCGGACGAGUACCUGCGAAGUUAUUUCGUCUACAGCAUGUGCACGACCGUGGCCAUGUUCUGUGUCCCUCUGGUGCUGAUCCUGGGCUGUUACGGAUUAAUUGUGAGAGCUCUGAUUUACAAAGACCUGGACAAUUCGCCUCUGAGGAGGAAAUCCAUUUACCUGGUGAUUAUUGUACUGACUGUCUUUGCUGUGUCUUACAUCCCUUUCCACGUGAUGAAAACAAUGAAUCUGAGGGCCCGGCUGGAUUUUCAGAGCCCAGAAAUGUGUGCUUUCAAUGACAGGGUUUAUGCCACUUAUCAGGUGACAAGAGGUCUAGCAAGUCUCAACAGCUGUGUGGACCCCAUUCUCUAUUUCUUGGCAGGGGAUACUUUCAGAAGGAGACUCUCCCGAGCCACCAGGAAAGCUUCCAGAAGAAGUGAGGCAAAUUUGCAGUCCAAGAGUGAAGACAUGACUCUCAAUAUUUUAUCCGAGUUCAAGCAGAAUGGAGAUACAAGCUUGUGAAGACGCAAGAGUCCCCAAACACCCAUUUUUGUAACGUGUUAUUUCUAGAAAACUGCUCACUCUGUGUUGGGUGCUAAAUGUUUGGUGGUGGAAUCCUGUAUCUAUUAUCUUACAGGUAAAAUGCCUUCAAAAUAAUCAAAGUGCAUGUACUUUCCUUUGUAAACACCAUGAACUCUGUUAGACUUCCUGUGACAAACAGCAUUUACUUGCACCACUGCCGUGCAGUGCGCUAGGAGUAUGUUUGUGUUCCAGUACAAAUGCUCACUUCCAUCUGUAAAAACAGUUUUAAAAAUCACAGAUAAAUUACAGACCAAAGUUGAAUAACUGUUAGCAAGUUGAGGAAUGUUGGGAAGGCGGGAUAGUGGCUGACAGUCACCCAUAAUGCAUAGCCUGCAAACAUAUUCUCGAAUGUAUGAGGCAACUGGGAGUGGGGAGACGACAUGUUUAGAAUAAGGACUUUAGUUUAAAUGCAUUAUGGUGUAAAGGCCCUUUUUUGGUUUUGUUUUGUUUUUCCUCCUUCCAAAUGCUGGAAAACAUUAAAUGCAAUAUAAAAAGAAGAAGGCAGAAUUUGUAUGGGUUGUGUUGGUAGAAUGAAAUGCUGUAAUGCUUUACUGGAUCUUACAUCCUCAUAUUUGAAGGAAAAAAAAACUCCACAAACAUAUGGGAAAGGGAAAUUUGAGGAAUUAAAUUUAAGUACUUGAAGUACCACAGCACUAAAAAGUAAGGUACAGAAACUACUAAUCAGACUGGUAAUAGUUUAAGAGAAGACCAGCAGACAGCGUUUUCUUUUAUAUUUUCCCUCUGCCAGGCAGUAAUGACAAAUCUGUAAAAUACUUCAAUAACUUUAAUAACGAUUUUCCGUGAAUAUUGAAUUGUGGCAUUUCUAGCCUUUGAAAUGGUCCAAUUCGAUAUAAUGCCAAAUAAUGAGGUGAGGUGACAAUUUCCAACACCAAAUAAAUAAAUCCAGUGUCAAAGGAAUUUUUAAUUGUGAAGGUACCCCCAACAAAGCCGACUGCAGUGUCUGCAACUGAUGGUGGGGUAACUUGUUUGAAAGCACUUUAUAGGUAGAGCAGUUUGGGGCUGUGUCUCAAGGUGAGAACCUUAGCGCCCUGUGGGACCUGGUGACAGGGAAGUCAGAGCUGGGCUUCAGUUCUCGCAGGGCCUCAGUGGACUGCAGAUUUGUGAGCCCUAAAGGUUCUUCCUAGACUUGCUCCAGCCACUGAGAUCAAUGAAGAAGAGCUGUUUAGCCAUCCUAAAGAGUGCUGCUUUUUCACAUGUUCAGUCUUAAAGCACAGAAUUAUAGAAACCAAAUCAAGAAGACACCUUCUAGAGGUCCUACCUACACCUCCUCAUUUUGAGAAAAGAGAAGGGUUAUUAGCUAGGUUCUCAUUUGGUUAGGGCCCUGCCGUGUUGUUUGUUGUGGAAUCCUAAAAGAAAAAGACUAAGAUAUGUCAUGGGUGUGUUACCCCUGUCAAAUAUCAUGUUCAGUGAGACACAAUUAGUAUCACUAAAUUGGCCAAAAUGGAAACGUCAAAGCCUGUAUCAUCCUUAAACUCGAAGGCUAAUGGUACACAUUUCUAUUAUGGCCCCUCACCAUUUACUUUAGUGUUCUUCCUUUUAGGUCUGAGGCCCAGCCUGGUUUACAGUAUGUGUUAAGUACAUUGUUUCAGCUUCCAGAGAACUUUCUUUGGGUCCAGCGUGGGGGUGAACAGUGACUAGAAAUGCCCUUUUACUUCUUGGCAUGCUUUUUUCAGAGUGUUUCUUCUUUAGCUUCAUACAUCACGUGGUAGACAAUGACGACAUGCAGAUGCCUGCCUAAUCGUGACAGGAAUGAGCUCUCCAACCCCUUCCAGGCACACAUUGGUCUCUGGGACGAGUUGCUAAUGAUGAAAACAUACAGCGGGUCAAGAUAAAGCGGUGAUCUAUUGGCUGAAGGUCUGGUUCAUGAUAUAUGAUAAGAACAGGUAUUUUAAGAGUAAAGGUAGAAAUCUACUGGCAUUUUGAUGAAAGAGUCAAAAUUACAGAACUUAUCAGCUAACUAAAUUUCACGCUACAAAACUGAAUGCCAAGCUCAGGGCGUUUUAUGGCUUAUCAGUUGGCAUCUUUGACUCUCUGAACAUCAAUGUUUGCACUUGCUUGCAAACAAUGUUUGCAGUGUUUGCACUUGUUUGCAUCAGUGUUUACACUGAAAUGCUAAAAACACAGACCAAGAAGAGAUACAGCAUGAGAGUAGGAUUUGGAGUUAAAAUGGUGACACUGCCACUUGGCCAGCUGUGGAACUCUUGACCCUGGCAAGACCACUCUCCGUGGAUUAAAAGGGUUGGAUGACAUCCGUCUGUUGGGGCCUUAGGGGAUGUGCUAAAGCCAGAGGUGCAUGAAGUCUGCUACUGUAUUUUCCAGGACUGUUCAGUUCCAGUCCUUGACUGAAAAUUCAUACAAAGUGCACCGACUGUGAUAUGACAUGACCCGUAGGUUUUCUCAGUCUCCUCAGGGCAGUGCACUACACUGCCUUUGGAUACACGAGAUGUCAGUGCUGACAGGGCUGUAGCAGCUUGUAGCAGCUGGAAUUGGACUGGUGACAGUAAAGAUUUGUAAUUAGUUAGAGAUAUAGUGAAGCUUUAACUUGGCUGGUCAAGUUGUAACUAUCGUAAGAGUAUUUAUUGAUGAAGCUCACAGCCCUUCCAUUGUACAGACUGAAGAACUUUCUUGAAAGUUCCAACAUACUGAGGUAAAUGAUAUUUAUUACAAUGUAUAAUAUUAAUAUGUCACACUGGUGUAUUUUACAUAAUAUAUGAUGCAUAAAAAAUGAGAGUUACUGUAUAUUAUGAUGCUUUCCAAAUAUCAGCAUCUUGAAAUGUUUAAGUCUUCAGAUUUCUUUUAUCUAAAAUACGAAAAUCUGUUUUGUGAUACAAGUGAUUCAUUUUCUCUACAAAUGCUUUUGCAUGUUUAUCUUUUUAUUUAGGGUUCUUUCUACAUAGACACAGUUUGGUGUCAAUCGAUAGUAAAUACAAAAUAUCUUAGCCAGACUGGGUCUGUAUUGUCUACAUUUUAUAUACUAUUGUAGAAAAGUUUAUAUUGUCUUUUUAAUACAUUUGGAAUUGUGUCCCCAAAUACAGUCAGAGCUUCCCAUUUCCAAAUGCAAAAGCCUUGUCCUAAAUUCAAAGGAGAUCUCUAACGUUUUAGAAGUCUGGUGAGAUGGGCAUUACAGAUACAACAUUAGAGUUUGAGGAAAUACUUUAGGGAGAUGGGGAGAGAAAGAGGCAGCUGGUGUAAUCAGUUACUGUGCUCAAUUCCGCUUCAAUUUUUAUUUUGUGUCUCUUCUCAAGGUGAAAUAGUAUAAUCUUAAUUUCUUUGAGAUGGAGUUUCUAAGUAACACACUACCAGCAAGUUCAACACUGCUAGUAAUUUUAUUGUUUUCUUUGUUCGUUUGAUAACUUUAAUUCCAAGUUUUACAGUAAUAACUGUAUAUUAUUUGGCUGCUGAAUCCUGUUAGUUUUUUAGUUCUGUUGUACAUUGUAUUAUACACAUCAUUACAAAUUCAUAUGAAGGGGAAUAUAUGAUACAUAUCAAAAUUGUGAAUUUGAAUUCUAGUAUGUUUUAGUGCUUUUGCCAAAAUGUUUAUUUUUAUACUAUCUGUAAUUUUAAUAUAGAUAAUUGAACUAGAUUUCUUUGUGAUUAAUAGUGCCAUUGAAUGAGCAGUAUGGAAACAGUGUUACUUGACAUUUUGAGCUUUCUCAGGUUUAUUGAAAUCAAUGGUAGCUUCUUAACAGAGUCCAGACUAAUUGUGCAUAAUUGUGUUUUUAAAGGAAUGUACAUUUCCUAUAAGUUUGCAUGCAGGAGUGUACAGCUUGGAAUGUGUGUGUGUGUGUGUGUGUGUGUGUGUGUGUGUGUGUCCAUGGCAUGGCAGCCAACUUCGUAUCUGCUGUUGGUAAUAACAGCAGAGCUUUGAUAUAAUCGUGGUCAUUAGAAUUGUAUCUACCAUAGACAGUUAAAACUGAAAAAGUCUCAAUAAAACUAUGAAAUGUGGUCUGAUGGCUUCUAUGUUAUUACAGUACUAAUACUUACAAGUUUCCCCAAGUUUUGACAUGUACCAUUAUACCGGCUGGCAAAUAUUGGCAAUACUAUUUACUAGUAUACUACUAACACUAGGAUACAUUGAAUCAGCGCAGGCAUCUCUUAACAUGUAGCCUGGACUGUAAGAAGUGAAGUGUUGAAGAAAGAAUCC